GGUCCGGUUUGGUCUUGGUUUUCCGAUCCUAGAGAUAUAAGAUCUAGUGCGAUAAUUGCUAUGAUCUAAACCUGAACCAAACUUUGUUUUUCUAUUCAGUCCAUUUUAGUUUUUUUUAGUUCCAGAUAAAUGUCUCCAGACAAGUUAGGGUUUAAUAAGAUAUAAAUAAAUCAAAACCGAAACCCUAGUUACAUCAGUGUGCUCGGCAGGUAAGCGCAGACAUGAAUACGGCCAAGGAUUUGAUCAUGAAAAAGAAGAUACAAGAAGUGGUUAGUUCUACCGAUUGGUCCAAACUUUCCCCUGAUAUUUUGCGAAAGAUCUUCGAAACCUUGAACCCCCUUGAUUCUCACCAAUCAAAACUCGUUUGCUCAGAUUGGUAUUCCGUCUGGAAAACAUGCGAUAAUCUGCCUCCAUGUCCGCUUCAGAUCAUACACAUAGGUGGUUCUCCGAUCUUGUCCGAACAAAAUGUCUACCGAACAGAACCAGACGGACAAGAUUUACACAAGAACCCUCGCCGGAUCAUACACGAAGAAGGUGGUUCUUCUACCUGGUCGGAAAACACUCACUACCCAAUAACACUCGCCGGAAAAAGACUAAAGAGGAGCUCUUGUAUGGCUAGCUACGGGAGUUGGCUCCUGAUGGUUGAUCAUCGUGACAUCCAUCUUUUGAACCUAAUAACGUUUGAGAGGAUCAAUCUUCCAACAAUGAAUCUGCCAGCACUUGAUACGAACAAUAAUUGGGAACGUGAAUCCUUAAGCGGGAAAGAAGUGUCGAGAGACGAUUUCCAAUGGAAAAACGCAGCUGUUCUAUGGAUAGAAGACAUGUCAGGUGAUUAUUUCGUUGCUUGGAUAUUCCGACAGACUUACUUGAUCUCACACAAGAAAGGAGAUGAGUCGUGGUCGAGUUUCAAUAUCCAAGGCAACGGUUCGGGUUUCAUGGAUGCGGCUUAUAGGAACAGUAAGCUUUACGUGUUGACAGUUGAUAAGCAUAUCAAUAUUUUCGACUUCUCUCUAGAUUUACCUAGAAAGUGUAACCGUUGUAAGUACACUCCUUUUCGCUUUGAUGAGAAACCGUGGGAAAGUGUUUGGAAGACGAGACUAGCUGUUAAGGAAUCAGGAGAGGUUCUCAUCGUCCUGAGCUUAAAAGAAGUGAAGAACGAUCAAGAGAAGCUUUUGUUUUACGUAUUUAAGAUGAAUCUUGAGAGUUGCAAGUGGGAGAGAGUGUACUCUAUUGGAGACAACGAGAUGUUGAUUUUUGGUCAAGGUGUUACGGUAAAAGCACCGGUUAAAGAUCGUUUUGGUCAUGGAAUCAAGAGUGGUUCAAUAAAUUUCGUUGAAGAUGAUGUUGGGCCAGAUGAUGAUGAUGAUCAUCAUGGUUCGGUCUGCGGUGUCUUCGAUCUUGCUACAAGUAGAAUCGAAUGGCCUAAGAAAACAUGUUAUUACAUAAGCAGAACUCAGUGGUUUGUUCCUGGAGUUGCUUAUUAUUAGUCUUUUUGUUUAAGUAGUUUUUUUUCUUCAGUCUUGGUGAAGUAAUUUUGUUUCUUUCAGACCUUUUUAUUUAUUCGUCUUUUUGUUUAUGUAGUUUUUUCCUCAGUCUUGGUGAUUCCCACCCACGUUACUAUUUUGGGACAACAUAGAGUUUUCCUUUAGUCUUUUGAUUGCAAAAGUGCGGCUGUAGCGAUGAAUGACUAAAUGUGUUAAAAUGCAACGAAAGUGCCUUAGAUGAUAAUAAACGGCAUACAGACCAGUAGAUUUGUUUAUUUUGUCAAAUGGUAGAAAUAAAAGACCUUAAAAUUAAAGUUGAUAACUUGACAUCCAACAGAUUCAGCUUUUAUUUUCAUGAAACGAAUAAAAUAACUUUUUUUCUUACAAAGAGGACACGUGUUCUUGAUCAUUAGCCAUUCCUUGAUGCAUCCGAAGUGAAAGUCAUGCUCACAUGGCCACAUCCAAGUUUAGAAGCGUCAUCAUUGUACUUAAAUUCGUACAGACAUACCACAGAUUUUUCUGAUUGCCCCCAGCGUUUAAACCACCAGCGUAAACAUCUCUCAUCUGCUCAUCAAAGUAUAAUAAUACCUAACAAGAGUUAUAUAUAAUAAACGCAGAAAGAAAGAAAACAUGUCCCUUAGUGCGGCUCCUCGGGUCAGAAAGAAAACGUGUGUUAGGGUGAACAACAACAAAUAGCUGGACUUAACUCAGAUUUAGGAAAUAAACUAUACUCUUUUUCUGUGGUUUUUAUUUGUGCAUCUAAUUUAUAAAGUUUUAAUUUGAUUAAGAAAUUAAACAGAUAUGAUUAAAUGAAUUGCUGUCUUCCGUAACAUCUCAUUUUCUUUUAUAGUGCGGGAUUUAAUACGCAUUCCAAUGGACCAUUAAUACAUGAAAAACGAUAAAGCUCUUUUCGUUUCGUAUGAAUGCUAAGGAUGGCGCAUGCGAUAAAGAUUUAGAAAAUGUGUUACGUAUGAUUGUAUGAAUGAUAAUGUGCCUUCCAAAGUCAAACUGAAGAAAAAAAUACAGUCAUAAUUGGUGAUGAAGAAAAAAAAUCAUCAGUGGGAAACUCAAUUUGUGGACUCUUUUGCUUUACUUCAUCGCUUUCAAAUACGGUAUUCAUUAAUUAGUUUUAGUUUAUGUUUUUGGUUGUUAAUUUCUAGAUUUUGUUUUUAAAAUUUUGGCUUUUGAUUUUGGUGUAAAUUUUGGGUUUUCCAAGAAAAUAUGGUUGUUUAAUUUAGUUUUUGGUUUCAUAUGUAACUAUUCUUUUAUUCUUUUAAAACUGGGUUCUAAAUAAUCUUUUACUAGAAACUAUUAAAAUUAAAAUUUAAAAUCUUAUUAAAAAGUAAAAAUUUUAAAAGUCCUUACUACUAUGAGUUAUUAUGUAGUUUAAAAUUAAACUUAAAAUGCUAAACAAAUUGUUUUGUUGAUUCUUAAUAAUUUGGAAGAUUAUUUUUUCUCUCGUUUAGUUUGUUUUCAGAAAUAUUAAUAUCUAUGCAAAAUUUUAAAAUUGUAUUAAACCAACGAAAUAAAAAAGUCAUGGCAAUAUUCCUAUAAAACUGAAAAAUUAUAGAUUUUGGUUUUUGUUUACAAAUUGGUAGUUUUUCUAAGAACUAGUUUUACUUAAAAUCUUGAUCGGAUAAUUAAAUAGUUUUUGAAAAGCAAAAAGAAAAAACCAGUAUAAAACCAAAAACGAUUCUCACAAAUUGUUUUAUAUCAUUUAAAAAGUAUAGUUAAUAUAUAAUUUAACAAAUAUUCCUUAACAAUUAUAACAGUCAAUUUUUAUACAUAAUGUAUGAUAUUUUAAUAUAAGCCACAUGAUUGGUUAACCAAUUUUAAAAGACCAAGUGCGUUGAUCUUGGGCUAUGGGGUCAACAGAAGGCAUAUCCUUAUCUAUUGACAGUUAGGUUUGCAACAAGCUCUCCUAAUAUGAGCACUAGGUGGCCACCACCACGAACCUUUUCUGAUGCGGUU